UCAUGCUGACCCCUAUUUACUGGAAAAAGUUGAUAUGUUUGUGAGGAAGAUAUUCAAUGGAAAACCCAAGGAUAUAUCCGUUCCUAACUGUGAUACAUCUAAAACAUUUAAUGAAUUGACUGAAUUGGGGGAUCCAACUUUGAAAUACAAAUCACAAGAUAGACAGGAAACGCACUUUAAUGAAUUGGAAUGCUCAAAAUUACUGGAUAAUGGGGUAUCGGUAUCCAACUUAUGCUACAACUCUUGCGAUAACCCUGAUUGUUACUGUGCACCUUACUGCAUGAUGCUAGAGGAUAUUCAAAGCAGAUCUCAAAAUUUUCAAGAAAAUCAAACCGAAGAUAUUAUUUAUGGAUACGAAAAUGAUAUGCAACACUCCAAGGAAACACCAAAUGAAUUUUUUGUUGGAUUCAAAGAAAAUAAUGAAGAUGAAAUUUACCCAAACAUUGAUGAUAAUGACGAUGAUUGUGAUGGUUUGAUGAUUGAUGAAUGAAAUUCAAUUUGAUGCAAUCCAAUGUGAAUGUGUGAAUAUAUGUCUUUAUCUUCUUCUGAAUUAUUUUGAAUGCUCCAAAUCACAUUGUUACUCUUCUAUCACUACUCACUCAUUUCGUAUUUCCCCAACCAAUCAAAUGGUUUACGUAUAUCAACUUUAUUAUGUAUAUUUUCUUAUAUUAACUGAACCUGAAUAUAUAGGGAAGUUUUUGUGAAAA